AUGACCGAAAAGAGUAAAUACUGGUGUCUGGCUAUUGCGGCCUGGGCCAAUCCCGGAAGCGUGCAUAACCCUGACUCUACCUCGACUGAAUAUGCCUCUGACCAGCUUGCGAUAGCUGCGGCCAAAAACCCUCAGCACUCAGGCAUUGCCUUGCUAAACGAGGGUGACAUCACAGCUCGUUUACAAAUGCUAGUGGACUCUCGGGGAUUCGAAAGCAUGCUCAAUCUCCGGCAAUCUCCAACGACAGAUGAUCUUGAAAAUCUAGUCAACAUAGCGUCCCACCUAAAGGGACUUGACUUUCCAGAAUAUGAGGACCGCGAGGAAUACGCUGACGUUAUGUCUCCAAAACAGCUGACUGAAUGUCUUUCGUCAAUCCUUAUAGGGCGGAUGUGCAAACUUCUCCGCAUCAACCCUCCAGAAACAUUGUCCUCCACGACUUUAUAUUCUGAAUUGCUACGAUUGUACACUGUUGCGUCUUGUCCUAGUGCUGGUCUACCUCCACCACCACCUCCUCCUCUGUACCAAGUGGCAGUACAAGGCAGCUUAUCGCAGGGAAUACGCCCAGCCCAUCCGUUCAAUCCAGGACUGAAUCAGGGAAAACUGAAAAUACUGCGGCCUCAUACGGAACAGAUGCAGCGGGGUCUUUUCAGGCGAGUUUGGGACGGUAUCAAGAAGUUUGGACGCCGCGGUGGUGGCUCGCUGUCAGACGAGCACCGCCGCAGAAUGCCCACCUUCACAAAUUCGGCCCUGCGUAUUUAG